AGAGGCAAAGCUGCCGCAAAGCCCCAUCCUCCGGGGCUUUUUAUAGACCGUGUUCGCUUCAUGCUCCAGUAAUAUCACCGCCAAAUGCGCUGAACCGACAAUCGUCGCGGGAGCUACGGCAUCGACAAACUGUAAAAUAAACAAUUAUAUGACCAGAUAACUGAGGCGCGGGUCAAAGAUUUUAACUCCUAAGCUGCCACAGGGGGAGGAUAGUCGAAUCGUUAAAGGCGUCUUGUAGGGGAGAAAAAAUGCGAGCAUGUUUUUGUGUUAUUUUCGAUGCGGAUGGAACUACAGCCGACUGGCUCGUAGCAGCUAGCUCGGUCCAACCGCGUUGAUGCCGCAGCGGCUUGUGGUCUUCACAUCCAGCAGCACCACCACAGGAUCAGGGAAGACAAAAGGUGAAGUAUACACGCCGCUCUGGACUCCCGACGGGCGGGGAGAAGAAAUACGCCGCUGAACGAGAGUCUGCAUCCGCUUGUGCUUCACUAGUAUCCCCGUGAAGAACCAGGCUACAGAGCAAAGUCACAGUCUGCGGGCAGCUGCAUCAGGAUGGCCGCCGUGGUUAACUAUUCUCCGCCUUGGUGGGUGAAUCUGCUUCAUCGGUUACCUCAUUUCAACUUGGAAUUUCAAAUGGUGAGCAGUGACUUCAGACCGGAGGACUCAGAGUAUCAGAAGUCUGUCUUGCUCAUCGGUGCUGUGGCUUUGCUGUGUUUGGGCCUGGACCUUAUUUUCCUGCUCAUCUACUCCUUCUGGCUUUGCUGCCGAAGAUGCAAGAAGCAAGACUCCUCACACUCCCAUUCGCACUCCCAGCAGCCCAGCGCUGACUGCUGUUGCACCGCUUGGUGCGUCAUCAUCGCCACGCUCGUCUGCAGUGCUGGAAUCGCGGUUGGAUUCUAUGGAAAUGGGGAGUCGAGUGAUGGAGCCAGUCGCCUGGCAUACUCCCUUCGUCACGCCAACCGCACUGUGUCUGGAGUGGAGAAACUGGUGUCAGACAAUGCCCUAGCCUUAAACCAGACCGUGGAGGAGAACCUGGCCCAGUUAGAGACAACUUUCCAGGACCAGACGGACUAUGUUGCCAUCGUUCAAAAGCUGCAAGGCCAGCUAGACGAGCUGGUGAGGCUGAUGGGCGAUGUCCCCUUCUGGUCCAACACUGACAUCUCCCUCGAGGACUUAGCCCAAAAAACAGAGGCCUUUGACUUUUACAGGUGGUUGGGGUACCUCGGCCUGCUGCUGUUUGAUGUUCUCAUAUGUCUGCUGGUGCUCUUUGGUCUCAUUCGCAACUCUCGAGGCACUCUGAUUGGAGUGUGCUUCCUUGGGGUUUUGACACUGAUAAUCAGCUGGGGUUCUCUGGGUCUUGAGCUGGCCGUCGCUGCUUCAGCAAGUGACUUCUGCGUCUCUCCAGACGCCUACAUCACCAGUGUAACCAAAGAAAAUGCAGUCAUCAAUCAAGAUAUCCUGCAGUAUUACCUGAGAUGCAGCUCUGGAAAAGUGAACCCUUUCCAGCAGAGGCUGUCAGGGAGUCACAAAGCUUUGGUGGAGAUGCAGGAUGAUGUGGCUGAACUACUGAGAUCAGCAACACGUGAUUUUGCCACUGCCAAGGAGAGUCUUGAGCAAAUCCAGUCGGUACUGAAUUCCACUGAGGUUGGUCUCCACCAGCUGACAGCCCUGGUUGACUGUCGCAGCCUACACAUGGACUACGUCCAGGCAUUGACCGGGCUGUGUUACGAUGGGGUAGAAGGUGUUAUCUACCUGGUUCUGUUCUCCUUCGUCACGGCUCUGAUGUUCUCUUCUAUUGUGUGCAGUGUGCCACAUACCUGGCCAAGGAAGAGGACGGAUGACGAGGACGGAGAAGACGAGUCGGGUGCCUCACGUGGUGUGCACGAUAACCUGUACCGCGUUCACAUGCCCAGUCUCUACAGCUGUGGCUCCAGCUACGGUAGCGAAGCUAGCCUGCCCGCCACAGCCCACACUGUCAGCAAUGCCCCCGUCACUGAAUACAUGAGCCAGAACGCAAACUUUCAGAACCCCCGGUGUGAGAACACCCCCCUGAUUGGCAGGGAGUCCCCUCCACCCUCUUACACCUCCAGUAUGAGAGCGAAGUACCUGGCCACCAACCGACCGGAGCAGAACCGCCGCUCGGUUCCCAACGACCAACUGGAUCCCGCGAGUCGGCCUAACCCCGCCACCCGACCACAGUCCUCAGUCCACUAGAGACCAGUUCAACACAGCACUGCCUCAAUCAUGUUCUCACAGCCAACAGCAAGACCCAACACAGCGCUCAGGCCGGAGCUCAGCGGAGUGCAUUUCAGCUCUACCAGAACCCCACAUUGCAAAGUCCUCUGAAUCUCUUUCAAACGGUACCAGAAGCAACACUUCCAGUUUAAAAGGGUCACUGUUUCUACGUCUCUCCUUUAUGGAUCCACCUUUCGGCUGUUUGUUCCACCCCCUCGGUGGCGGAUCAGCUCUCGUUCCCUCAGCGUUUCCUUCUUCUGUGUUUCCGAUGUCUCCCUUUCCACUGAGGUCUGUUCGCUGGCUUGCCGGUCAGCUAACCCCCACCCGAGUUCCUGGACACUUUUACGUUUAACUAGCACACCACACACACACACACACACACACACACUUGCACACACACAUUGUAAAGAGCUGUAAAUAGUGCAACAUGGGCUUUAUUCUGAUUUUAUGAAGAGUAGACUGUUUAAUCCUUCCUGAUUACGUGGUGUGCUGUGUGUUCAUCAUGGAAACUCUUUGCUGUAUCUCUCACACAAACACACACAAACUGAAUGCUCAUGUGUAUAAAUAACAAGCCAGUGACUCAGAAAGCCAUGAUAAUAGAUAGGAACUGAGCUGUGCCACCACAUUCACAUUCCAUCUUUGGCUCGUCGUUUAAGACUUGAAUCUGUGCGUCCACAUCUUGUUUAUGUGCACGUACUGCACACACAUUAAUUAAUGCAUUUUCAAGUAAACGAGCCACGAGUCCUGUUGUACAACAAAUGAUUAUAUCUGGGAAGAGGGAGCUGGAGAGCACGGAUAUAAAAAGGCUCAACUUGUGCCAAAUAAACUGACAAAUGAAAAUAAACGAUGCCUGAUUCUGUUCUCAUCUCCUACUGCCUCCGGAUGACUCAUAAAGGGUAAAGAAACUCGUGAGGAGAGUUAUCCGUGCAGCUGUCGGCGACAAGGGAACAGGACGGAUUCUUGAAAAGGGAAUCGACGGACACGUAUUUGAGAUUUAAAACUUGUAAGGUGCUAUGUAAAGCUGUCAAAGUCUCGGGACGUCAGGACGGAGAGGGAGAAAUGUUUUCUUUUGUUCAUUCAUGAUUGUGAUGAGGGACAUACAGUUCCUCGCAAAGUUAUUCAUAGCUCGGACGUUUUUCCACAUUUCUUCCCGUCAUAACCAGAAGCAUUGGUGUAUUUCAUCAGCCAGACCAACACAAAGCAGCACAUAGUUGUAAAGUGAAAGGAAAAUGAUGCAUGGUUUUAAAUUUUGAUUUUAAAGUUAUAUGUUAUUGAAGCACCUUUUUGCUGCCAUUACAGCAGGGGUCUGUCUCUUUCAGCUUGGCACAUCUGGACUCUCCUGGUUCUUAGCAAAAUAUCUCAAGCUCAAUUAGAUCAGAGAUCGUCUGUGAACAGCAAUUUUUAAGUUUUACUAAAAACUCUCCAUCUGGACUUUAACCGGAACAUUUUAGCACAGGAACGUGCUUCGAUCUUGCCAUGCCACUGUAGCUCAGGCUGUUGCCCUGCAGGAAGGUGAACCUCCACCUCAAUCUCAAGUCUUUUUGAAGGUUUCCUCCAGGAUGUUCCUGUCUCUGCUGAAGAAGUGCAUCCCCACAUCAUGAUGCUGCCACCGCCUUAUUUAAUAACGGGAAGGUUGAAUGAAGAGUGAUUUGCAAUCAUCUUGCCCCACAUUGCAUUUUGCAUGUAGGCUAGAAUGUUCAAUUUAAGCCUCAUCUGAGAAGAGCACCCUCUACCACGUUUGCAGCGCCCCCUGUAUGACCAAUGUCCUCUCUCAAACCUCUGAGGACAUCUGUAUUUACAAGGAGAUUAAAUGACACACUAUUUACUAACUAGUAGACGUCUGAAAGCAUGUCGUUGCUCUGUAUGUUAUUUAGGGGGGUUGAAUAUUUAGUCAAAACAUGUAAAACCAUGUAUUAACCAUGUUCACAAUCACUUACUUACAUCUAUGACAUGAAGUGAAAAGGUUCAUGGUUAAAAUGUGACACAAUGUUGAAAGGUUCGAGAGGUAUGAAUACAAGGCAUCACAGAAAGCCCAAAUAAACACAUUUCCUUUGAACCUGAAAGGAAAUUGUGUCCCAGAACCAGAAAAAAAGGUAUUGCAUAAAGGACAUAAGGACAUCAGGUGGUAUAUUUUUUUUCUUUAUAUUCAGGAUACGAAACUGUGACCAACUGUAUUUUUUCUUUUUUUCUUUUAUAGUCUUGUACCGUUCCACUUUGUUUAUCUUGCUUUGUAACAUUGGGAGCAAUCUUUUUAUUUUCUUGAUCACUCAAGCACAAAUUCUGCAGGAGACGGCUUUAGGAGAUGGAUAAAUAAAACUCACUGCCUGGGUCUCUGCCGCACGGCUUUUCCUCCUGCCCUAAAACUCUGUACAGUGUAAAGAAAAACUAAAACAAACUGUAAUUGUGAAUCCGUGUGUGGCAUCUCUGCAGCGUGAUUGGCUGAUGCUCUUAUCUCAGUGUUACUCUGUGUGACCACAGUUGAUCAGUGUGGCGGUACGUGUUACAGCCAGUCUAAACAGCCUGAGUCACGUCCACGUCGCCGCUGCACACACACUAGCUCACACAUGCCGUAAAUGUACUCAUACAAGCUUUCAUAGGCACACAUACACAUUGAGGCAUCGUUUCAAAUCUCUCUUUCCAUCAUUUUGUCCUGUUUACAACAAGAGCUGUAGUAACUGCACCAUCUCCUCGCACUGAUUUGCGCCGCAGGUGACAUAGUAGGUAUAGACCGAAUGGCCUAUCAUUCAUAAGCUUCUCACCCAUCGUUCUUAUAAAAGAUUUUAAUAUUGUCUGCUUAACUUAACCAAUGACCACUUCUCGUAUUAGCGAGACAAUCUUACACGCGUGGUUUUACUAGAAAGAAGUGUCCGUGUUGCGAUAACAGUGCUACCUAUGGUCUAAGACUUUACCGUGUUUUCUUGCACUAUUAACGCAAACGAUGUUAAGAUCUGUGGGACAAGUCACUGAUGAGUGGCCUUUCAUGUUUAUAAGCUCUUAAAUCACUUCAUACCAUUUUUUUUAAUUUCCUCUGUCUUGUAAAAAGAAGACUUUGAAGAUAAAAUAAUCACUAGCUGUUUUUUAGGAGGAAAAAGAGAACAAUUUUUUUUUCUCUCAUUAAUGGUGAAUGAUAGUUUGUAUUGCAAUGUUUUAAUAAGACUAUUCCAGUGUCGUCUGCACACCUGAAUCCUGAGUUGUAUCUGAAGUUCUGUGCAAUGCCCUGUAAGGUACAGUGUUUUGAUUGGAUGGUGAGCUACGCUCAUGAUUAAAAAUCAGUAAUUUGUGUGUGUGUGUGUGUGUGUGUGAGAGAGAGAGAGAGUGAGAUGCCUACAGGACUUCUGAUACACCCGUGUACAGAUGUGACAGAAUGUUUUCUAUUGACGUUUUUAUUUUCUGAUGGUUUUAACUGAUAUUAACGAUAUACAUGUCAAAACUGUGGUAAUGAUAUUCAGCCUGGAAUAAAUGUUUAAAAAAAUGAAAUUAAACACUUUUAACGUACA